GUAAAAGGGGCAAAAAAGAAAAAAAGAAAAACUAUCAAAAAGUUGAUAACAAAUAUACACUUGUAUUCAAAAACAUUAUAAUAUUUAUUUGAUCUCUGUCUCAAUGCGCGAAAAGUCUGAUUGUGUGGAUUCUGGCGUUAGCAGUUACAAGGUCUCUACUCCAACUACCAAACUUGCUUGAAGGAGAUCCAUGAGAGUCAUCUAAGAGCAACAUUUCAUUUCACGUGCAUAGCACACGACCGACCGAAAACAAGUAAUAAGUUACAGAAAUAAACAAUCGUGACCGAAUCAAGUAGAUGCAGGCCAGCUCUUUACAAUGCAAUGUUUUUUUAAGUUGGACGCACGCUUUACACUAUACAACCAUCUAAUAUCUAGCAUAUUUACAAAUAUAAGCAGCCCCUUUGCGGGAAGUUAUACAAUCUUCUCAGUUGACACGUCUCAAGAUUUUCUACAGUUGAUAGCUUUCAUUAAUCAGUGACCCCAAUCAAAUUUGAAUUCGUAAAAGGGAAUAACAAGUUAAAAAACAUUUAAAUAGGGAAGUACAAUCCUACUAAACUAGAAUACUUAUAUAUUUGAUGUACAAAUUAAACAGAAUUCAGAGUUGAAGCUCUACUUCUGAUGAAUUGUUGAAAAACUAACUAAUCCAUGGAUUUUAAAACUUGAUGUUGGCAUGAAGUAAAGAUGCUCCUUUUGACAUCUAUCAGAAGUUUUAUCAAAUCCGUAACGAACCAGUGAUGCAAACUAGAUUGUUUUAUGGCUUAAUAUCGGAUUGUAUAGUAACAAUUCUUUUUUAUUUUAUUGUGCCUAAAUUUGAGUAUAAAAUCCUGAAAACCAUAGAACAAUCAACUUAUCUUAUGCUCAACAAAACAUACUAGGCACAAUUCUGACAAGAAAAGAACUUGUCUUUUAUCUAUAAAUUAUUAACACAAUUAGCCGGCCACAUAAACUAUUAAGAAGUUCCGUCUGUUUGUUUCCAGUUUCAAAGAAUACAAUUGAAAUCAAAGCCGGCAAGAAUAACAUUUUUAAAUGAUAAUAUUAAACUUCACUGAGUUUACUCUGUUCCAAUACAAAUUUGAUUUAAAACUAACCAAAUAAGUUUAACCCGCAUAAAGGUUAAUGUCAAGUGCAAGGAUAAUUAACUGGACAACAUAAUAUUUUUAUAAAUUAAAUAAAGCUAAAACACAUUCGAGCAUCACAAACUUCAUCCUUAAUCUUUUGCUGAAAACUCCAUCAAAGAAAAUAAUGACAAUGAUUUCUUACCAUCUACUUUCCACCCCAAAUAAAAAGAUGGGAACGAUUUAGUUUACUAUCAGCUUUCAAUACAUAUUCCUGUAUAUGAAUUUCCUUCCAAAGAAAAUAGUGUAUCCCUAAUUGAUCUGUCUGUUGAUAUAAUUUAAGGACAAACCAUGGCAUAUAAUUUAAAAUACAGAUAAAGCUUAAAUUAUAUUACAACAGAAAGAGAAUCUGAAAUAUGAAGGUACAUAGUGACAUAACUUUGAUUCUUACCCUUGCUUUAUUCAGUUCAAUAUUCCAGCAGCUGAUGAUUUCAGUAAAUUAAUAAAUUAAACUUGAAAUUAGAUUUGGGUAUUAUUAUUCAUGUCCUCAUCUAUACUUGUUUGUAUCACAUAAUAUAUUGGUCAGAUUUUGGACCGAAGUUGAUUAACGCUAUAUAAGUGAGUGAGUGAACUAGAAUGACUGUGACAAUGAAAUAAAAAUUAAUUAAUUACAAUAAAAUUCUCUGACGAUGAGAGUGGAUCAUGCUAAUGAACAUGACGAUCUAGUUAGUACCACUUGACCCUCAAAUUAUUUGGCAAAUAAAAUAACAUAAAUUCAAGUUAUAUGAGGAGAUUUGUACAAAAAAAAGUUGAAAGCAGCACUUAUUGCCUUUCGAAGUGUAUAAAUUUAAGAUAGCUAUAAAAGAAGCACAAAAGAAGUCACCUUGGUGCUAUCACUAACAUUUAGCUUUACACACUCUGAUCUUUAAGAGUUCCUAGUGUGCCAUUACUAUAUCACUAUCACCCUCACCCACCAAAAAAUAGGAGCAGUUAUUAUAGCUGCCGAAUUCAAAAUGGUAGUCACUUCAAAAAGAAAAGAGAAUACAGAAGUUCAACAAGAAAUGCAGAAUACAGAAGUUCAGGAAGAAAUACAGGACAAAGAUAAGGAAUCUUGAAAAUGAAGACUGAUUCUACUAUGCCUUUGUCAUUUAGAGUUUGUAACAUAGAGAAGGCAGGUAAGUCCAAAGUUAGAAGCUUUGAAAUGAAUCCCUAACGAUUAAAGACCUACAACCAUCACAGAAGAGUUAAAGGGGGGAACAAUAUAUAUAAGUCCGCCCUUUACAGCUCAUAAGUAUUGCUUGAUGAAGGAAGAUACGUACUACGAAUCCAAUGCUAGAAGUCCACUUACUGUUAAAAUAAGCAUAUUUGAAAAAUGUAUCACAGUGUGCAGACAAAUGGAAGCGAUGGAAACAAGGGAACAAGUCAGAAGCAACUAAAACACUAGAACCCAAUUCUUUCCUCCCUAAUCCUCUUCCCAGCUAUGAACCUAUUCCAUCACAUUUGCUCUGAAGAGGCAAUGACGAACCACCUUCUUCUUUUCCUAUCCCUCCUCCUUCUAACCAGCCACUCCAAUGGAGAAAACCCAACAAACACCACCAGCGCUAUUACCAUGUACCCCAUGCAGUGUUCUAGUCCCUCCCGCAAACCCACAUGCAAUUCCUUUCUCUAUGUUCCAUCUGUAGGCCUCCCCUCCUCUGUUGUCGCUUCAGUUUACUCUGCUAAUGCAACCCUCAUAAGAACUGUAAGUUGUUAAUAGUUGCUGUUCUAAUUAAUUAAUAUGUCGUAUGUUGUCUAUUGAGAGAAACUACCAUGACUGACAGUUGGUAGAGUAUUCCUCCACCUAGACUCCUAGUUUAGAGUAACUUACACUAGGUCAGCCUGACUUCUACACCUCAUGGCUAACAGUCUGUUGGCUACAGAUUCCUAUGCCAAGAAUUUUGGCAUUAACCAUGGUAAUCCUAAAUUUUGGCCAUUUUCAGAAAUUCAGACUUGCACUCAGUAGCUGACACUAUUCUAAUGAGAAAGGUUUUAGAUGGUGAUGACAAAGGUUUGGAAAGGACUGCAAUUAUAUGAGCAAAAUUAUCUUUCAAUGUACAGGUUUUUCGCCAACCAAUGAUUCAUCCUGACUUUCUGGUGCAAGUUCCAUGCGGAUGUGAAGACACUGGAACUGGAACUAUCGCCUAUUUCCACAACACCAAAUAUAGAGUGCAGCGAGAUGACACCCCUACUGAGAUAACAACUAAAGUCUUCAAUGGUCUGGCAUGGAAUGUAACCAGUAUACUCCAACCAGAACAGGUGAUCACAAUUAACCUCCUAUGCGGGUGUUACGAUGGUAAUGACCAAGCAGAGGUAGUAUCUUAUACAGUACAACAAGGGGAUACACUGUCUACAAUCUCCAGUUUGUUAUCUGCUGACUGGGGGAAGAUUGUGAGGAUGAAUGGAGAAAUUCUUAAGAAUCCAGAGUUUUUGAUCCCAGGAUGGGUGCUAUUUGUGCCCAUGGGAACUGCAGUUGCAGCUCCAAAUCCAAAAGGAAAGAAGCACAACAUUGCACUAAUUAUGGGCAUUUCAAUAUCCAUGGCCUUCCUAAUAAUUGGAGGUUUACUUUUAUUCUUAUGUCGGAGAAGGCAAUCUCGUCAGCAGAAGAUAGAGGAAGCAAACAAGGUAGAAAGAAAUGCAAGCAUAAUGAGUAUUGCCGCUCUUGAAAGCCAAUACCAUCCUGCAAAUAACAUGAAAGGUUUUGGGCCUACCAACACAGAGAGACCAAUAAUAUUUAGUUUAAAAGAUGUCGAGGAAGCAACAACAAGCUUUGACGAGAAACGGAAGAUCGGGGAAGGUGGAUUUGGCAGUGUGUUUCAUGGAAUUUUGGCGAAGCAGGAAGUGGCAAUUAAAAAGAUGAGGUCCAGCAAGUCCAAGGAGUUCUUCGCAGAGCUAAAGGUGCUUUGCAGAAUACACCAUAUAAAUGUGGUUGAACUGAUUGGCUAUGCAAGUGGUGAUGACCAUUUGUACCUGGUUUAUGAGUAUGUUCAGAAUGGUUCACUUAGUGAUCAUCUCCAUGAUCCACUGCUGAAAGGCCAUCAACCUCUCUCUUGGAAUGCAAGAGCACAGAUUGCACUAGAUGCUGCAAGGGGAAUUGAGUACAUUCAUGAUCACACAAAGGCACAGUACGUGCAUCGAGAUAUAAAAACCAGCAAUAUCUUGCUAGAUGAGGGGCUCAGAGCUAAGGUUGCAGAUUUUGGCUUGGUAAAGCUUGUAGAACGUAGCAAUGAAGAAGAUUGUAUGGCAACACGAUUGGUUGGAACUCCUGGUUACCUCCCACCUGAGUCAGUUCGUGAACUCCAGAUGACCUCAAAAAGUGAUGUCUUUGCAUUUGGAGUAGUUUUAGCGGAGCUGAUAACGGGUUGCCGUGCUCUAGUUCGAGACAACAAGGAACCCAGCAAGAUGAAAUCACUUAUUUCUAUUAUGAACAGAAUUUUCCUAGAGGAAGACCCUGAGACAGAGUUGGAGGCCAUAAUAGAUCGAAAUCUCAGGGAAAAUUAUCCAGUGGAGGAAGUCUACAAGAUGGCAGAGAUCUCCCUAUGGUGUUUGGAUGAAGAUCCAGUGAAUCGGCCUGAGAUGAGAGAGAUCACGGUGAAGCUUGCUCAGAUUGUUAUGGCUUCAAUAGAAUGGGAAGCAUCACUUGCAGGCAACAGCCAGGUUUUCAGUGGCAUUUUUAAUGGGAGAUAAAAAGCUAUGAACCAUUUGAUAUGGAAACUGCUCCUCGUGUCUUUAAUGAGUGUUCCCCAACUCCUCCCCCACAUAACCAAUUUUCCCCUAAAAGAUGUAAAUAUAUAUAUAUACAUCAAUCAGAUGUGGUCUAGGCCCACAUAAAAAUAAAAUGGAUCAUGUUCAAGUCAGAUUUAUGUAAAUUCAAUAUAACAAUAUGCUUAUGUAAAUUGGCUUUGGUAGCUGACUUAGCUCUGAGAAAUUUUCCCAAAUUUGGCCCCUCUUCCUCUGUUUCUAUUUUCAUUCUGCAAAACUAUUAGAAUUCAAUGAUUCAAUCUUAGCCAAUAUAACAAGCAUGCAAACGCUCAUCAACUCUGCUUCUAGACAGUGCAUCUCAUGAGCAGUGUUCUAAAAAAUGGGCUAGGCCACUUAAGUUGUGCAACCUUCAGGCGGCUUUGAUCAGGCAAGUGCCUAGGUGCUAAGAGCCAAUCUGGUAUUGUUGGACAUCAUAAUAAGUUGUUUAUAUAAGUAGCCAAUAGAAGCAACUUAUAUAAGCUGCUGAAAAUAAUCAUUUGCUAAUUAUAUAUCAAUAGCUAUUUCCAAAAGCAGUCAAGAUGUUUGGCAAAACUACGCUUAAAGAUCAUUGUCAAAAGAUGAAGGUCAUAUAUGGUAUAUAAACAAAACAAUACUGAAGCUGCUUUUAGAAGCAUCCUUAGGAUCUCAUUAAUAAAACAAAGCAUUUUGAAAUUGCUUCUAAAAGGACCCCUUGAAAGCAAAAGCAAUUUCAAUAAGCAUGCAAAAAAAUUCACCAAGCACAAUUACUGAUUGCUUCUCAAAAAAAUAACUAGAAGCACUUGGAAAGCAAUACCAAACUGCCCCUAACUACCGCGUUGAUGAAGUUCUAGAGCAACUACAAGCUGAUCUCUUCACUUCCGGUCAGUUGAUCAGUUGAUUUGCCAGGUUUUACAAUUCUGUUGGAUGAUAUGAUGUAGAAUGCUGUUAAUUUGGUGAAUAGGGUACAAAGUGGGGACUACUUUUAUGUAGGAAAGGUGACAGAAUAGCUGCAGACACAGGGCUGCUGCAGACUUCUGUGUGCACAAAGAAUUAAGCAGGAGAUUUC